UGUUGCUACGUGCCUGAAUUCUUUUCCUAAUAUAUCUGAUAAAAACAUUGAUCAUGUUGAUAGUGAUGACAUUUGUUACAACAAAAUAUCUCAUUUGAAUAUCUAAAUUACCGAUAAGAUUCACUGUUGCGUAAAUUAAUAUUAGUAAACACUCCUCUUUGCGCAUUUUUAAACCAAUUUCUAGUUCUUAAGUACACGCGACUUAUUGCUGAGGGAAAGAAUGACCAGAUUUUUAACAAUAUUUCUACAGUCCGCGACGAGUAUUGGACGUCAUAGCUAUGUCGAGACGAGUUUGUUUUGGAUUUAAAUUCAGAUUCGUUUCAUACCUGUGCAUUUUUUGUAUAUUAGCUGUGAUGAUUUUAUUAACAUUUUAUGCCAAAAAUUCUCAAGAUAACAGAGAAAAAUUAUCUGGAAAUCUUAUUAAAGAAAAAUCCACAUUGUCGAUCAUCGACAUUUUCGUCGUAGAAGAACAUCACGAAGUAAUUCCGUAUUGGUUUGGAAGCAGUGGUGGAAAUUUAACGGAAAGGAAAGGCUUAACUCUGAUCCACAUUGAUGGACACAGUGAUAUGGGACUACCCCAGUAUUUCAGGAAACUCCCCUACCUCAGAUGGCCAAAGAACAGAAAAGAACUAGAUUACUACAUGCAAGAAAACGACAUGUUCAUCCUGUCGGCGGUCCUGUCUGGAAUGUACAGUAAGGUGGUGUGGGUGUGGCCGAGGUGGGAUCAGGAGAACCACGAACACGGACCACGUGAAUUGUAUUCUGCGAAGGUGGGACGGUUAAUGGUGGAUACCUCAAUCCCUAAAAUGAAGCGUAAGACCCUCUGUGUCUGUUACCAAAGUUUAAAUGUCAACCGUAAAAGUGAUAAGGUUGACUGUCGACGUCUACCGACAUCUUUGGAAGAUGAUGACGACAUUGAUGACGGGGUUGAAAUAGAUCCCAAGACGUGUAAAACUGAGAUAACGUUUUCAUACGAAGAAGUGAGAGAGGAUUUGGCGGCUGAUAUUUUUAGGCGGGAAGCAAAUACUUAUAAAGAGAAUGGGGUCAUCCUUGAUAUCGACGAGGACUUUUUUGCCUGUACAUAUGCUUCACGGCCUCUGUUAGACGCUGGUCUAACGGAGAAAGAAAUUGACUCCGUUAAUGACAUUGUCAGUGGCACACUGUGUCCGAAUAACGCCAAGGAAGAACAAGAAGCAGACGGGGUUUUCACAGAGCUGUUAGAUGACGUCAUAUCUGCUUGUUUUGGAAAAGAAAAACAAGGAGGCAGUGCUUGUCAGAAUAAAGAAGCAUCAAUUCGUGAUAAAUAUCUACAUAUACUCAAUAACAGGAAGGAACAUUUGCUGUGCGGAAAGACUUUUGACAGAAAAUGGAAUAAAGAGGAACAUCUAAAAAAUCUUGUUCACCUCCUCCUGGGUAUGAUGAAGGCGCAGAUUUUAGCCAUUAAACAUGUCGGGUUUUGUUUUACAACAAUAAAAUCACGAGGAUUAGACAUGACGAGAUCAUCAGAAUUCCAUUUGUGUACGGGUGCAAACACACCGAAUAGGUCCAUGGUCAUCGAACAUAGAACUACGUUAUUAGAAAUAAAACAGCGCACCGAGGGCCUUCAAGACAUUUUUACAGCAUUAAAGCCCAGUCUUUUGCCGUCUGUAAUAACUCUUUGUCGGUCAUCACGUGACGGCUAUGUUCCCAGAGAACUGCAGAGUCAUAUAGAAAACAAUAUCAUUAAAAGCCUGUCAUCGUCAUUUUCCGUACAAUUGAACUACGAUGUCGAACUGUUGGGUGGCAAAGAGGGGUGGUUGGAAUCGAGAGGCAUAUCAUAAAUCCAGUUCUAUGUGUUCCAUCCAAUAAUUUCUAGAGAUUUAUCAUUUGAAUUCUUAGUCAUCCUUAAGAUCCAUUGCAUUUCAUCCAAUAAAGUCAUGA